AUGGAAGAGCAAGUAGAACGCCUCGUAAACAAGGUGUGGGACAAAUAUCAAGAUGUUCCUGCUUCGAAGCGAUUGUUGAUUGCAGUAUCUGGUAUUCCGGGGUCUGGCAAAACAACACUAGCAGCCAUAGUUUCGACCAAACUUAACGAGAAACAUGCACAACAGUCACCAGGCACCGCCAACAGUAAUCCUCUCGCGGCCUUCAUACCAAUGGAUGGUUUCCACCUAUCACGCCAACAGCUUGAUGCGAUGCCAGAUCCAGACAGCGCCCAUGCCAGAAGAGGUGCGGCAUUUACUUUUGACGGCGAUUCCUUCCAUAGCCUUGUGAAGCAACUACGAGAACCGAUAUGUCCAGAGAGUUCGACUCUCUACGCACCCAGCUUCGAUCACGCGCUCAAAGACCCGGUCGAGAAUGACAUCGCCAUCUCGCCAUCAGUUCGCAUCGUCAUAUUCGAGGGCAACUAUUGUUCCUUAGAUAAGGCGCCCUGGAACGAAGCUGCGAAGCUUAUGGAUGAGCUCUGGUUUGUGGAUGUAGACUUUGACGUUGCGCGGAAGAGGUUGGUUCACCGUCACGUCAAAGCCGGCAUCGCCAACAACGAGGAGGAAGCGCGAAAGAGGGCCGACGAGAACGAUCUUGUAAACGGUCAAGAGAUAGUGGAUCUGAGACUGGAUGUACAUGAGUUGAUUAAAAGUCAAGAGGAUCACGAGUGGGCGCCGGAACAGCAAGGUGUGGGGGACGGCGAGGAUAAGGGGACUAAAGGUGAGAUGGCAGGUCGCAUAUGA